AUGACUGAGGAUUCUCUUCCAACAGAUAUUUUGGCUCACAUGAUAGCCAUUAACAACGUGCCUCCUCCUCCUCUUCGCAGUAUACCACGCCUGAAAGUGCGCAAAACCAUUAAUUAUGGUCAGUUAAAUGCCUUAUGCCACAUUAGAGGACUAGAGAGCAGGCGGAAUUCUUCCAUUUAUUUGGCAGCUCAUGAUACAUUCAUCAAGCAAUAUCCUCAGAUAUUCCUCCAUGAAAAAACAGUAUUGCCUAAAGUUCCUCAACCGGUUGAAAAAAGAAAAUCUGAUCUACAGAUAGACCAGAAGAUAUCCCAACCUGCUAAAUCACACAAUAUAUCUCUGUAUCUCAGUGAAGCGCGUGGUGGUCCUUGUGUUAAUGAAGGCGAACUCUCUGAAUCAAAGUUCCAGAAGUUCUUAGAUAUCUUAAAGAAGCUGCCAGUACACAGAACAAUCCAUGAACAUAACUUCGUGUGGAAGAUGUUGAAGAAUAUUCCAGUGUUAGCCUCUCAACUUAGAAGUGAGCAUCUAAAAAUCCUGAGUAAGAAAGUCAUGUCUGAAACCUGGAUCAAAGGUAGCACAGUGAUUGGUGAUGAUGGACUUUAUAUCAUGCUGACAGGCCACGCUCGACGUCGUGUAAAGGUGUUCAGAAGUCUGAUUGAAGAAGAGGACUCAAUCAUCUCUUCACUCUCCAGAGAAAGUUUUCUUUUUGACGUAGAGUUCAAAGAUUCUGCAGUGGCUGAGAUAUAUGUACCUUCAAAGAAAUUAACAGUGAAAAAGUGGGGUGUCUUUGGAUCGCUGGAAGUUAGACCUGACAUGGAUGAAUGUGAACGUUCAAUUGUGACAGACGACGACUGUGAAAUCCUGAAAAUACCUACAAAGGAGUAUGAGAAGUUAAAAUUGGAAAAAGUAAAACGUGAAAAUGCACAAAAGUUGAAAUUAAUUCGCAAGUGUCCGUUUUAUGAAAUUUGGCCUACCUUAUCCAUAUAUGAACUAGUUUCACUUAGUACAUUCAAAAUUUUUCCUCCAGGUCAUGUGUUAGUAGAAAGUGGAAAUAUCAUUUCGUUUGUGGGUUUUAUCAAUUCUGGAUAUUGUAACAUUUACAGAAAUAUUGUUGGACUCGUGGAUCUAUCACUUAAAGUGAAGAAAAUUAAAAAACUUGUUUAUAUGGGUAAACUUAAGGAGAGGGAGUCCUUUGGUGAGAUCAGUAUUCUUCUUCAAUCUCCCUUUACAUGCACAAUUAUUACUGGACGGGAAGUUGAGAUGGCAAUUAUUGAAGAUAAGGAUAUACUCGGUAAGUCACUGGAUCCACUAACCAAGGAACUUAUGAUUCAAACAGCAAAACCAACUUUUGGGCAUCUGACAGAAGAAGACGUAAAAAAUGAAUACAUAAAAAAAGUACAAGAAAAAGAAUGGAAAUAUUUCAAGAAUAAGACGAUUCAAAGAAUCUUUCAAACUAAAGGAGUUCUUCCUGGCUUUGGAAAAUGGGCACACGAUUGGUCAACGAUCCCCAAGAAUUUUAAGAGCAGUCUUAUCACUUAUACAUGA